CUCCUAUGAUCAAAAUUUGAUUUUACGCAGCUUUUCCCAUACUAUCUGCAGAUUUUCCGGAAUCGGUUCCAGAGUGGCCAAAGUGUCAAUUAGUUAGCCACUACCUCACGAUGAUUGGAGCGAUUGUGUCGAUACCGUUUAUUCUCACACCGGCGUUGUGUAUGGAAGAUGAGGACCCAUCUCGUGGAAUCAUCAUUUCUACAAUGAUAUUUGUGACCGGAAUCGUAACGUACAUACAAGCCACCUGGGGAUGCCGUCUGCCUAUUGUCCAAGGAGGGACCAUUUCCUUUCUGGUGCCAACACUAGCCAUCCUAAAUUUACCCCAGUGGAAGUGUCCGGCAGAAUCCGUAAUGGCAACUCUGGACGCGGAGGCUAAAACGGAGUUGUGGCAGGUGCGAAUGCGCGAGUUAUCAGGAGCGAUUGCCGUGUCUGCCUUGUUUCAAGUGUUCAUCGGAUACAGUGGUUUAGUAGGGAAGCUGCUUAAGGUUAUCAUCCCGCUUACUAUUGUUCCAACUGUUUCGCUAGUCGGACUGACAUUGUUUUCCCAUGCCAGCGAGACCGCUUCAAAGCACUGGGGAAUCGCUGUCGGAACCAUUGUUCUCAUGACUUUAUUUUCACAAGCAAUGACCGGUGUAACUGUACCAACUCUGAAAUACCGAAAAGGUCACGGUUUGCAGAUUGGAUGGUUUCCUCUAUUCAAGCUGUUCCCAGUCUUGUUGACCAUACUGAUUAUGUGGUCUCUGUGCGGCGUACUGACGGCUACCAAUGUUUUCCCCAGUGGCCAUCCAGCUCGGACGGACGUUCGGAUCCGAGUGCUUGAAGACGCAGCGUGGUUCCGUGUGCCGUACCCGGGACAGUUUGGAAUUCCAACGGUAACUCUAGCGGGUGUGCUGGGCAUGUUGGCAGGAGUUCUAGCAUGUACCGUAGAAUCCAUAAGCUACUACCCAACGGUAUCCCAGAUGUGUGGAGCGCCACCUCCUCCACUUCAUGCCAUCAAUCGGGGAAUAGGAACGGAAGGUCUUGGCACAGUCCUCGCCGGUCUUUGGGGAUCCGGUAACGGAACCAACACGUUCGGAGAAAACGUCGGAGCCAUUGGAGUUACAAAAGUGGGCAGCCGCCGGGUAAUUCAAUGGGCAGCAAUCAUAAUGAUCUUUCAGGGAGUUUUGAACAAGUUUGGCGCAGCAUUCAUAAUGAUUCCUGAUCCCGUAGUCGGUGGUAUAUUCUGCGUCAUGUUUGGAAUGAUAGCUGCCUUUGGCCUUUCUGCUCUACAGUACGUCGACCUUCGUUCCGCAAGAAAUUUGUACAUUCUAGGAUUAUCGAUAUUUUUCCCACUAGUGCUGUGCUUGUGGCUCAAAGAUCAUUCCACAUUUAUUCAGACUGGGAAUGAAACCGUCGACUCCACGCUGUCUGUUUUAUUAGGCACCAGUAUUCUUGUUGGGGGCGUUCUGGGUUGCAUACUAGACAACUUGAUUCCAGGAACCCCCGAGGAGAGAGGUUUGGUAGCCUGGAGUAAGGAAAUGGCACUUAAAGUAGACGGAGAACAAACGGAUGUCCCGAGCACUUUUGACUUUCCUUACGGAAUGUCUUUUCUUAAAAGGUGUAAAUGGACAAAAUAUGUACCCUUUCUACCCACAUACAAGAUGGAAUUAUAAAAAAAACGUCAUUUAUUCUCUAAAAAACGGUACUUAAAGUUUUAAUCGUUUAUCAGAAAUGUAAAAAAUCAUAUGGUGUACAUAAAAUCCCAAAUUUUAAUUGACACCCUGUUUAACUUUGUAAACAUAGUUUGUAAUACAAAAAAAUAUGCUUCCUUGUUUCUGUGUCUACAAAAGUUAUUAACAUAUAAAACAAACAAAUGUGUAUGUAAGGUGCCCAGAACAUCAGACUUUUUCUCAAAAGCUCGCUCCACAAUCUGAAUAUUGUUCCUUAAGUUAUUUUAGGACUCAACUAAUUUCGCUCAAAAUUGGCACAGAUGCUUAAAAUAACCCAAUAAACCGUUUUCCGCUUGUGGAGCAGGGGGUCAUUUUUUCUGGGCCGUAAGAGCCACCGUGACCUCCGACACUAAUUUAAAUUUUUAUCCAAAUUGAAACAAAAUUUCAUUUAUUUUUAAGUUAUAGCACUUGAAGGACAUGUAGAUGAGCAAUCUCAAGUAUUUUUGAAAUUGUUUUUUCGUAAAUAGGUCGAGUACCGUUGCAAAAAAAUGCUUUGUUUACCAAUGGUUGUUUAUCAAUGGUUUCCAUGCGCCGGAAAUUUGUAGCAGGUGUAGCGACACUUCGCGUAGACGCCCCUGCUUACAUUUCGUCAUUAAGGAUAGGCAAUCAAACGUCAUAAUUACCCCCCACUAGAGGGCGCUGAAACUUGGGGUGAUGUUUUCAUUAUAACCUACAGCGAGUAAGUUGGUUUGAAAUUUGAAAUUGUUUUAUUUCAUCAUAAAAUUGACAUUAAUAGCAAAUUAUACCAUUUUCAGGUAAGAAAUAAAUAGCUUAAUUGAUAUAAACGAAAAUAUUUUUGUGAUGGCCGAUUUAACCUGUUCAUUAUCUGAUUCAAAAUAAGGGAAUGUUUUAAUCAACCAAAACCUAACUAAUCAAUUGAGAAUGUAGAUUAUUCAAGUGGACACUUCUACCAUAAAAGCAAAGAUCUGCUUGAAAAAUGAUAAUUGGAUUGAUUUUCAAAAUUAGCAAUCUAACCUCAUUCUCGCGUUUUCAAUCCGGAUCUCAGAAUUUUCAAUAAAAAGGCAACUUAGCAAAAAAAUCUAAAAGUCAGUCGAUAGAACUUUUUAUUUCUUACCUCCUGUUAACUUUAUUUUAUUCCAAAAGAUCAAUUUUCUUUUAAAAAACCUUAAAAUAGUGAACGGCCCGAGCGGUUUAGGCUUUCAGGAUUUUUGUGAUAUUUACUUGUAGAGUCAAAACAGAUCAGUAAACUUCACUUAUUUGUGUAUUACACUUUUUAAAGAUUACAUUUUUGCGGUAACACUCUCAACUUUUACGCGCACGAUCACGUCACUCAACUUUUUGUUGCUAAUUUCACUAAGACUUUCGUCGAGCCAAUUCUCUACGUUGAAGCCAGACUUGUCCUCCAGACCUCUUCGCCGAGCCAUGCCAGACCCGAACUCCUAAGUCCCGGCGGCUCUUCACAGCGGCUAAGUCCCGGCGGACUCUUCACAGCGGCUAAGUCCCGGCGGACUCUUCACGGCGGCUAAGUCCCGGCGGACUGCGGCCUCCACCGCUAAGUCCGGCUGGACUGGGGCCUCUGCUACUGGUGGCUGCUGGCGGGUCUGGCUGGUCUGGGGCGUCUUCUGGAACUGGAACUGGACUGGAACAAGAACUGGAACUAACUGCAACUAACUGCCCUCCUCAAGAAUUUUGGGGUUUUUAUAGUCAGUCCCCGAAAACUCUACUAAAUUUUGUUCUACUAAAAGUGGUCCGUUUCGAUGAGAAGCAUCGAUGAACCUCAUGAAUUAAAUUAUGCAGACCUCUGCAAUUCUUCAUGACUUUCCGUAUGGUGUAGUGAGUACACCUCAAAUUAGGAAGUCAUGGGUUCGAACCAUUGUCGUGAAACUUUAAAUUAUGUUAUUGGAAUAUCAAAAUUAUGUUCCUCAAACAUUCUCAAAAAUGUUGGUCAAUAAUGAGAAGGUCGAAUUCUCCAUUGAACAAACAUGCCAAUGAAUUUGGUUAAGCCACACCCUCAAUUUCCCCUGUGAAAUAACAUCGCACAUUCAUAAUUGAAAGCUUAACCCUCUACUGCCCAAAUUUUUUUUUCGAAAAUAUUUAUUUUUCCCGUGUUCAGGAGGUCAUUUUGAGCAACUUUUGUUCUACGAAAAACUUUACUUCUCUUGUUUUAUGUUUUUCUUGUUUCAUUUUUAGUAUUUUAAUUUGCAUUUAUCUUGUUUAGUUUAUGUUUGUUUUUGGUAGUAUUUGGCCUACUCUACCAUCUAAUAUAAUUACAUUUCGCCUAUCUAAUUUUUUCAUGUUUUUACAGUCACUUUUUCAAUUUUUUGCAUGUUUUUCACAUUUUCUGCCAUAGAAUCGCACCAUCAUCAUUUAAAUUGCAAAAAAAUGCGUAGAGGCAUAGUCUGGGACACUACAAAAAUUACUGCAUACUUCUUUUUACUGAAAAUAUAGGAAAUGUUAGUAAAAAACACAGCCAAAGUUGACCCCUAAAAAAAUGACAUUUUUAAAAACAUUGGCAAAGUCACAUAAAACAAGUUAAACUUCCAACCCUGAAAUUUUCUAAAAUUUUAAGAGUUCUUCUUUCCAAUGCUUUUUAAAUAUCAAAAAUCGGUUGGAAAAUUGAUUUUUGGCGAUUUUUUAGAUCGAAGCCCGUCUAAAGGCGGGGUUAGGUUGUAGAGGGUUAACCAUUUUUUUGA